AUGUGUCUCGUAGUGGAUUGUGUUGAACGUUGUGUUAAAUUGGUGAAUAAUGAUCAUGAUAAUCCCAAGUAUUGUUUACUUCAGAAAUUAACAGAGAAACAAUUGAGUACGUUUGGAGUAUUGUUAUCGAAGUGGGAACUGGAAGAUGAUGAUUAUAUACAUUGUGAUAUAUGCGGUGAGUAUUAUAAGGGUUCGUGCCGAGUACAUCCGUUGUAUAUGGUUCGUGAGGAUAAUAAGCCACGAGCUGAACAAACGUUACCGGCAUUCUUUGAGAUCAGAACAUCCAAAAUACCAAAAGCCGGAUUGGGCGUAUUCGCUAAAAUGGACAUCCCUACUGGACUUGUCUUCGGUCCUUAUCAAGGUGCGUCACUGAGAAUUAUGCUAAUCUUACGAUUAAUCAAGUAUAAUUAG